GCCACCUAUUUAAAUUGACAAGUUUGUUUUGAAAUCAUUUCUAUGUAAAUUGAAUUAAAAAACAAUAAAACAAAAAAAUGCUAAAAAAUGGACACGGAAGAAUCAAAUACUGAAAAUAAUAAUAAAAUAUUAAGCGUAGAAGAACUCAAUAUCGAUAUUCUUCCUAUAGUUUACGAUAUUAUCAAAAGCGUCGAUAAAGAUAACCAUCACGACAAUACAGCGAAAACAAGAGAUUCUCAAGAUUGUUCGCAGAAAGUUUUAGAGCUACAGAAGAGACUAGAUCAAGCUAGGACAGAGAUUCGUAUGCUGCCUGGUAUAGACUUUAGCAAAGAACAACAACUUAAUCACUUAGAAGCAUUGAAAACGCAGUUGCGUCUCAAACAAGAACUGCUGCAAAAGUACCGUUAUAUGUACCCUUUUGAAAGCCAAAAAUCCUAAAAUGGUUUUUCGUUUGCUAAUGAGAAUAUUAGCAAAUAAUGAACACCUAGUUCAAAAACUAAGCGAGUCGUACCCAAUGCGUAGGGCUGCACAAGUUGUAG